AAUAUGAAUGGGGUUAUGUCAAUGGGGGGUGAGUAGUAAACAAACCCACAAAUAAUAAUCCAAAAUGAAAAUGCCUCAAAAAGACCCCCACAAGUGUUAACAAAGUUUAUGGGGUGCUAGGGUCAAAAAUAGGUUCGCACUGCCCCAAUUAGGCCCUAAAAUAUGUUGGCCAGACGAACGAGGAUCAAGGGGAUAGCCAAUAUUCCCCAAAGGAAAAAGCCUGACCCACCUUCGAAAACUGUUACAGAAGAAGAGGGUGCCUCGGUUAGCCCUGAUCCAGGCCCCACAGAGCCUAAACCUGAGGAAAUCCCUACUCCUGCUGAGCCCCAACCUCAGGAGGAAUCGAAACCUGCCCCGGCAAGAAGGAAAUUCCUUAAGCCGGGCAUUAAUUUGAACUCAAUUAAGCAGAGAACCCCUAAUCAGCAAGUUGACACUCCCCCGGAACCAUCUGGUCCCGGUAAAGUGGUUUUAUUAAGUGAACUUAGACUCCCUGCAGUCGGUAAUGUCUCGGAGCCCCCCCAGGGUGAAACUGAAGACACUUUAGGUGAUAAUCCGGUUGUUGGCCCCAAAAGGGUUGUAAUAGAGAAUGCGGCGUCGGAUUCUGAGUAUCCGGGGCCCCCUCCCAGCCCCAGUAAAAUAAAUAGGGCCAGAAUUAAGGCAGUACCCAAGUUGGGUCUGAGGAAGACCAGUUGCAGUGCAAGCGAAUCGGAAGAUGAGAGUCGCAAAUACGGGAGAAUCAGAAAUAAUUCGGUGUGCUCGGUGGUGUCCCAAGAGGCCCCCUCGACCCCAAAACUGCCAGAAACGUGGGCUAAAAAAGAGGAGGGCCCCCCGAUACAGAAGAAACUGCACAGGAGCGACCAGUCGAGAAAACUGGCCGAGGCCAGGAGGGAAUUUUAUAAGAAAUUCGGCACCACUGUUCCGGACAAACACAAACUCCGGAUGAUCGAUUUGAUCUUUUACAAUCCGUCCAAUAGUCCCCUGAGUAAGAAAGAGGACCCGAAAGAGAGUGAGAAGGAAACGAUCGUAGAUGAACCUCCAGGGGAGCUGCUUGAAGUGGAGGAGUCUACCGCGGGGGAGAGAGAAGAUGCGGCAGAGGAAGAGGACAACAAUAUGCCCGUGCCCCAAAUCAAAAUCGGACCCUCGGGUGAAAUUAUCCUGGACGAGCAGAGUUUGGUGGUGGAGAACAAAAAGUUGGCAAAACAGAAGGAACAAAUGGCAAAAUCGAACGUGGUAGACGGAGACUUCGAUACCGGAUACGGAGUUUUUAAAAAAGUGAAAAGAUCCACCCCGUGGUCGGAAAAGGAAACUUUGAAGUUCUACAAGGCCUUGAAUUGCAUAGAAAGGCACCUUAGGGCCCCGCCUACUUACCCGGAAAGUUUCGUCCCUUUACUCAUCGUCAGUCACCAAUUACGCCGCGCCAUUUCAGGUACCGAUUUCACCGCGAUGACGCAACUAUUCCCGAAACGUACCAGACGCGACCUGAAGAUGAAAUUCAAAAAGGAGGAAAAACUGAACCGCCUGUUGGUCAAUAAGGCGGUGCGGCAACACUGUUGCUACAACUUCGCCGAUUUAAAGAGGGAGGCGCAGGUGGAGGCGGAGGAGGAGGCGUUCCUCCUCCAGUUACGCGAGGAGGAAACGCGAAAAAAGAAGGAGGAGAGGGCGGAAAAGUUGAAGAAACACCGCGAGAAACUUGGCAACAAGAAAAGUGAGGAGAGGGGGAGUGAGGAGGGUGCGGCGGAAGCGGUUUUUAGUAAUAAUCACGUAGACGAGACCAUUGAGGAGGUUUUGAGGUCGAUUAGAAAGCGAACCGGUGAGGAGGAGAAGGAGGAAAACGAGGCCGAUUUACCAAUGAAAAAACGAAUUUCGGGAGUGAAGAGGCGGAAAUCGACGGUUAAAGUCGUCGCCUCCUCGAGUGACGAGGACGCGGACGUUUCCGACUGUGAGGAGGAGGAGGAGGAAGAAGAGGAGGAAUUCAUCCCGUUUCUGAAACCCACCAGGUCCGGACGUAUGCCCAAAAGCACCAUCAAGUUCCAAGAGGUGGUGGAGGUGGAGGAGGCGCAGCAGCCCCCGAAACGCGUGAGGAGGCCCUCGGAAACGAGGAGAGGGAGGGGGGCCCCCCGGAAAACCCCCGCGGAGCCUCCCGGUGACGUCACCGCCGCGAAAAAUCGCCGGUUUUCCAGCACUUCCAGUAUGGACUCGAAUGCGGACAAAUUGGUUCCGGGUUCCGUGGUGGUAACCACCGAGGAAAGUUCCGGAGGGAAACCGGAGUAUAAAGUGUUCAUGGUGACCCCGGAACGUCGCCUGACCGGUUUAGAGUUGGAAUCUGACGUCAUCGCGAUGCUAGUGGCCGAUAAACAAGGAGAGACUACUACUACUACUGAUGCCGCGUUAAAAGAGGACGAGAAUAAUCUAACGAUUCCGGCGAAACUUGACAACACUGUUGACGAAAAUUCGGAGGGAUCCGGCAGCAUCGCCAUGGUGGACUAAAUGGUUUAUUUAUUAUUUAAAACGCUUAAUUUAUAUUAUCAAAUGCUCAAUACAAUAAAUUGAUUUGUUUUAU